CUACAAAAUCAAUCUUAUAAUAUGAAAUGGGUCAUUUUGUAAGUUUCACUUUACGAAGGACCGUCGUUUGCCCUCAAAUCCCACAUUAAAAAUCCCGUUAAUCCCAGUUUCCCCUCAUUAUUUUUGAAAACCUUGAUAGUCGAAGUGAACCGAUCUACCCCGAUCGCAUCUUUUCUUCUCGCCAGUCGCCAUUGAGCAGCCAUUUUGAUGUGUAAGGGAGUGCUCAAGUACCAAAAAUUAGUGUUCCAAAUAGUUUUUGACUAGUGGAAAGUUGACAAAAUUACUAGUUAGUGAUACAUAUGGCUUGUUUAAAUACAUUGAAGCAGGAAAUAAGGACAUUAGAAUCGAUAUUUACGAAAAAUCAUGAACGGUUUCAGAUCAUCUCGGCAAGUGUUGACGAAUUGACUUGUAGGUUUAUAGGAAAGAAUUGUGUCGAAUACACGAUCCAUGCGAAUAUUACGGAAACCUAUCCAGCUGUUCCGCCAGUUUGGUUUGCCGAUUCGGAAGAGACUAGUAUAGCAAAUGCUGUUCAAAUUUUAAGUAACACAGAAGGUCUGGACAAUCAUGUCCUAUAUCAAGUGAUAAUACUGCUCAGGGAACUGUGCCGACUUCAUGCAGUUCCUGAGCCACCCGAUUUAGAAAGACUGCAUAUCUUAGAUCCACAAACAACUAAUCGAAUAAGUGCUCGAUGUAAUAGCAGCAGCCACAGCGUUGGGGGUGGCGGAGGCGACGAGGCCAUGAUGGAGGAUGAAGGUCUGGACAGCGAUGCUGAUCUAGACAUCGGCGAAAGUGACGGAGAAGAGGAGAGCGACGCCGACGAAGAUCUCGCCAUGGAAAUGGAGGACAACAGGCCCAAGGCGGACGAAAUGGGCGUUGAACACUUGGCGACACUGGAAAGGCUUCGGCAGAACCAGCGACAAGACUAUUUGAAGGGUUCCGUGUCUGGUUCCGUCCAAGCGACAGAUCGACUGAUGAAAGAACUGCGCGACAUCUAUCGGUCAGACUCUUUUAAAAACAAAAUGUACCAAAUCGAACUGGUCAAUGAUUCCCUAUAUGAAUGGAAUGUCAGACUCAUGUGCGUCGAUCCAGACAGUCCGCUUAGUCACGAUCUGCAGAUGCUCAAAGAGAAAGAGGGAAAGGACGCUAUACAUUUGAAUAUGUUGUUUAAGGAUACAUAUCCUUUUGAACCUCCUUUCGUUAGGGUUGUGCAUCCUAUUAUAUCAGGUGGUUAUGUGUUAGUGGGCGGGGCCAUAUGUAUGGAAUUACUGACAAAGCAGGGCUGGUCAAGUGCGUACACGGUCGAAGCGGUGAUAAUGCAGAUCUCGGCGACGCUGGUCAAGGGCAAAGCCCGAAUCCAAUUCGGUGCACCAAAAGUUUGUUCGCAGGGACAGUACAGUUUGGCGAGGGCUCAACAAAGUUUCAAAUCACUUGUACAAAUCCACGAGAAAAAUGGUUGGUUCACACCUCCAAAAGAAGAUGGCUAAACAACACCAACAGUAUUUUUUUAAUAUUAUUUUUGUUUUCUAUUAUAUUUUUCCGAGGGCGUAGAAACACAUCUUAUCAGGUUCGCCCUAACAUCUCCCCAACAAAAUCCUGCUACUAAUCGUCGACAAAACAAAAAGAAAAAACAAAUUAAAAUCGUUGUAAUUAGUGCCUGUGGAUAAUUCUUUUUGGUUAUUAACAUUGUCGGCAAAAGACUUAGCGAUUUUAGGUAUUGUUUUUUUUUAUUAGAGAAUGUCAUCUUUAGUAUUAAAAUCGCGAUGUAUCUAAAAAUGACUGACCGUUUUUAAAGUUUAUAGAUACCAGGGACGUUCGAUAAGUAUUUGAACUGGUCUCAGCGCGAAUUGAAAAAUCUUUUUUGUUUUCCAUUCAGUGACAUUAAAUUUACUCAGUUGUCCGAGUAAAAGUAUCCAGAG